AUGAGUGAUACUGAACAUCACCCCGAACAGGUUGAUAAAUCCGAAUGCGAGGACCACCCCGAACGUGACACCGAGGAGAACGAGAACGAACCCACCAACUUCGAGUGGACUCCUGAGCUUGUGAGGAUCGGAACCUCGCUCGGCGACAUACACCCGUCGAUUGGUCUGCUCGAAUUCCACAAGGACUCUGCGAUAUGCAAGUACCGGCCCGGUAUGACUCUACCAGACCCCGCGGAUACCCAGGAGUGUCUGAGGUGGAUUGGACUAUCCGAUAAGAAGAUAGUUGAGAUGGAACAAAAGUUCAAUGAACUACAUCCAGAUUAUCAAGGACCUAGGUGUGGGUAUGACGAGAAAUUUAAGCAGCAUGCAUAUGCCUACAAUGAAAUUGUGUUUCCUAAGAUUGAGGAAAUUCUGAAUAUGUUCAUUCGAGGAAUACAUGAUGACCAUGAUGAGUUUGAAUACACCCACAAGGGCUACAUUGAGAAGGGCAUCCAGCUAGGACUCCGGCCGGAAUUUGCGAUAUUCUGUGGACUACAUGAGACCGAUCCCCGAGCCAUUGAAAACCCCCGUCUAUUCGAGGAAACGUGGUUUACUUUGGGUUCAGCAGAUAUCAUGGGGAAUACCCUGAUCCCCUUUUGGAUGAGACUUAAGGAAUUCAUGGUGACGAAGUUGCUAUACGAGGGGAAGGCAUGGGGCGAUUGUCAUGGAAGAUGGUUGGUCUAUGAGGGGGAAACCAUAGAUCAAGCAAAGGCAAGAGUGGAUGAUCGAGAGAUUCAAAGGCUAAAAGAGCAAGCGAUAAAGGAAAACGAGGAAAUGUUGGAACGUGAGGAACAGGAGCGGGAGAGAGAGCACGCGGAAGACAUGGCAAGAUGGGCAGAAGAAGACAGACUAGAGGCGGAGAUGAUGCAGCAAUAA